UUCAUGACUGAGGGAGGGAAACCACAGUGAAUGCUACUGCACUGUGAAAAGAGAGGUGCACAAUUUUCUUUUCUUGCACGCAACUUUGCUAAAAAAUAAUGAGUGGACUCAAAGGAUAUAUUGCAUUUUUUUUGCUUAUGAACGUUUCAUGUUCACUUCAAACUUCAAAUACAGUGAAUCCAUGCUGCUACUUUCCAUGUCAGAACAAAGGAGUAUGUGUACGAUUUGACCUGGCUAAAUAUGAAUGUGACUGUACUCGUACUGGGUAUUAUGGAGUAAACUGCACAAUACCGGAAUUAUGGACGAGAGUGUAUGUAUUGCUACGCCCAAGUCCUGGGUUUUAUCAUUACAUCUUGACCAGGUUUAAGUGGUUUUGGGAUUUUAUAAAUGCAACCUUCAUACGGGAUGCUAUUGUCAGACUAGUACUGACAGUGAGAUCUAAUCUGAUACCAAGUCCUCCAACAUACAAUUCUGCAUAUGGUUAUGUAAGCUGGGAGGCAUAUGCUAAUGUUAGUUACUUUACUCGAGUCCUUCCUCCAGUCCCAGAUGACUGUCCUACACCUAUGGGGACAAAAGGAAAAAAGGAACUCCCAGAUCCAAACUUGAUAGUAGAGACCUUUUUCAAGAGGGAAACAUUUAUUCCUGACCCGCAGGGUACCAAUCUUCUGUUUGCCUUCUUUGCUCAGCAUUUUACACACCAGUUCUUCAAGACAUAUGGAAGAAUGGGACGUGGCUUCACUAAGGGACUUGGUCACGGCGUUGAUCUAAGUCACGUAUAUGGAGAUAAUCUGGAACGUCAACAUAUGCUUCGACUUUUCAAGGAUGGGAAACUGAAAUAUCAGAUAAUAAAUGGAGAUAUAUAUCCACCAACAGUGGCUGAAGCUCCAGUUCACAUGAUAUAUCCAGAAAACAUUCCCAAAGAGAAACGGUAUGCAAUGGGACAAGAAGUUUUUGGCCUUCUUCCUGGAUUGAUGAUGUAUGCAACACUUUGGCUUCGAGAGCACAACAGAGUAUGUGAUGUUUUGAAAACCGAGCAUCCCACAUGGAACGAUGAACAGCUGUUUCAAACAACAAGACUUAUUCUUAUAGGAGAGACAAUCAAAAUUGUCAUUGAAGAUUAUGUGCAACAUCUAAGUGGCUACUACUUAAAGUUAAAGUUUGAUCCACAAUUGCUGUUUGGGGUUCAGUUCCAGUACCGGAAUCGGAUUGCUGUAGAGUUCAACCAAUUGUAUCACUGGCAUCCACUUAUGCCAGAUUUAUUUCAGAUUUCAAAAGAUGAAUAUGACUAUGGUAAAUUUGUGUACAACACUUCAAUCCUUACAGAUUAUGGAGUAGAAGCUUUGGUGGAAUCCUUUACAAAGCAAGCAGCUGGCAAGAUUGGAGGGGGGAAAAACACUAACUUGAACCUUUUGAAGGUGGCUAUGGGCAUUAUUGAAGAAUCAAGAAAACUCAGACUUCAGCCAUUUAAUGAGUAUCGAAAGAGGUUCAACUUAAAAGCUUACACAACUUUCAAGGAUUUAACAGGGGAAGAAAUUGUUUCAAAGCAACUCGAGUCCCUAUAUGGAGAUAUUGAUGCACUGGAAUUUUACCCUGGACUUCUCCUUGAGAAGACACAUCCAAAGUCUAUAUUUGGAGAAAGUAUGAUUGAAAUCGGAGCGCCAUUUUCACUUAAAGGACUUAUGGGAAAUCCAAUUUGUUCUCCAGAAUACUGGAAGCCAAGCACAUUUGGUGGGGAAACUGGAUUUAAUAUUGUAAAAACCGCGUCAAUUCAGAAGUUAGUGUGUCUUAACGUAAAGCGGUGUCCAUUUGUGUCUUUUCACAUACCAGAUUCUAAAAGUCAAGACACUACAUCUCCAAGUUCUAAACCUGAACUUUAGUUUAUUUUAGUUUGAAUUAAUGGUAAAGGAAGAAAGGUAAUAAUUUAUAAUGUCAAUGCCUUACUCAUCCUAAACUAUUGUGCCAUUUUGUAUAACUCUAUUUGUAUUUGGAGGAUCCCCCUGAUUUAUGUACAUUUUUACGCAGUUACAUUGUUUUAUAGGCUAAAAUGAGACUUGCGUCCAUCAAGUUACGCCUUUCUUGCGCAUUUUGAUCCACAAGAAGUGAAACAACUGUUUUGAAGCAUUUUCUAAUUUUGCAACAAGUUAGGAAAAAAUCCUUCUUGACACCUGAAUGGCAGUCAGAUUCCUCCUUGGAUCAAGAAGCUGUUACUCCACCUAUUGAAAUAUUGUAUCCCUGAAUAUUAUGUUUUUGCAAGUAUUCAUCCAGUUGCUGUUUAAAACUCUGUACAGUCUCUGAUAAAACCACAUCUUAAGGCAUAAAAUUCCACAUCCUUAUUGCUGUUACAGUAAAAAAAAAAGUUUCCUU